AGGAGCUCCUCAGCGCCGUUCGCUCGCUCGCUCGCUGGCUACCCGAGCCUCCGACUUGGGACGCUCCGCGGUGGAUGCGGCCACCCUGGCAAGGAAGGUGUUUGGAGUUAUUCCCAAGAAGCAAGUAGCUGUGUGAAGGAUAUUGGGUCCCCAACUAUUACCCUGGCUCAGGUUGGAAAUAUCCAUCUCACUCGGGGAGGGAGGACGAUGAAUGAAAGUAACCAUCACCAGCGAGCAGGUGUAGGUAGGGGUCGGCGUGGAGCUGGAGCAAAGCAAGUGAAAGAGAAUAAUGAAACGUAUGGACUAUCCAUACCUUUGGAUGAACCAUGCCAAAUGGAGUCUCAGACGCAAACUCAGCAACAGUUAUAUUAUGGUCUGAGCACCCCAGAAAAUUUUGAUGGAGUUCCAGAGAUGCCAGCUCCUUCGUUGACCCUGGUGACCAAUAUGAGGACGCAGUUACAUAUGGCAUUGGAAAGGAACUCUUGGUUGCAGAAGCGAAUUGAGGACCUGGAGGAAGAACGAGAUUUCUUGCGCUGCCAGCUGGACAAAUUCAUCUCUUCAGCCCGCCUGGAUGUUGACGAUCACUGCUGCAACAAGCAGCUCCCCCGGAGAUCCGAGAUGUCGGACAGCCGAAAUGGGGAUGUGACUGACAAUGACAGCAUGGGUUCCUGGUUGAGCACCAGCCCCGAAGAAGGCGGUUCUGUGGAACACAAGAAACCCAAAGCAGGGUUGAACCGGCGACGCUUUGUCAAGCCUAAAGUCCGGGAGAGGCAGAGAGUCAAAGAUGUGGAUGGAGUGCUCUGCCGGUAUAAGAAGAUCCUGUACACUUUUCAGAAGCUGCAGAGCAUGAGCCGGGCCUUUGAACAUCACCGGGUGGACCGUAACACUGUGGCUUUGACCACACCCAUAGCAGAGCUCCUUAUUGUUGCUCCUGAAAAAUUGGCUGAAGUGGGUGAGUUUGACCCAUCGAAGGAGCGUCUGCUUGAAUAUUCCCGGCGAUGUUUCAUGGCACUGGAUGAUGAGACACUCAAGAAAGUCCAGGCCCUCAAGAAAAGCAAGCUUCUACUGCCCAUCACCUACCGCUUCAAGCGGAAAACAGACUCUCCUGGCUCAGCUGCUGGCAACUCCGUCCCCUCUCCUGCAACGCCACCCAAACAACUUCUGCCAAUUGCUGAAUGCUACAAGCGAUGAAUCCUCUCCUGGAGCUGCUGCUGCUGGAACCUACUUUGCCAGCCCUUUGACCCCUCUUUCUCUGUACCCCCAUCCCCCCACCCCC